AUGUCAGGCGCCUCGCAAAUUGUUCUAUACGAUAUCCCGAGUCGAGAACCAAGACACUGUUGGUCUUGGAAUGCCUGGAAAACUCGAUUCCUUCUCAAUUUCAAGGGCCUUGACUAUGUGACGGAAUGGACUGAAUAUCCCGAUAUCAAGCCAAAACUGGAGGAACACUUUCCAGGAGAGACGGAAUUUACAAUCCCGACAAUUCGCAUAAAAGGAAGCGAAACCUACGUUAUGGAUUCUCGCAACAUCGCUGCACGACUCGAAGCCGACCACCCUACUCCAUCAGUGCACCUCGACUCCCCAUACAUCGAUCGCCUCAUACAGAAUCUACGUCUUGCACUUAUUCCUCUUCAGCCUGUCUAUGGCUAUCUUGUUGCCACCCGCAUACUCAACGAAGAGAGCAUUCCGUUCUUCAUUGCUGCAAGAUCAAGAGAUGUAGGUAUGCCAUUGGAGCAGUUCCACAAGGAAGGUGCAGGGACUGCGUGGGAAAAGGCGGAGAAGGGAUUCUCCAACAUUUCGGAACUGCUACGGGAAAAUGAGGGUCCCUUCUUUAUGGGAAAGACUGUGAGUUAUGCAGACUUUGUCUGUGCCGGGGUUUUGUUGUUUCUCAAAGGGUUGGGAGAGGAUGUGUCUGCCGAGUUGCUGAGGGUGAGUGGAGAUGAGGGCCUCGCUUAUAAGAUGUUGCUGGAGGCUGUUGAACCUUGGUCGAAGAGGGAUUCUUACUAG